CCACCACCAGAAACUCAGCUCACAUUAUCUCGUCUCGUCGUCAUCGGCAACGGCAAGCAAUGCAAGCUGCAGUGGUAGCAGCCAUGGCAGCACACACCAUUCUCGCUGCUUCUCCUUUAUACCACACCAUUCUCUUCCCAUUUCCAACCCAUAACCUACCUUCUGUUCAAUCUACAUUCAUUGGUCUUCCUCUGAAGCUCCCUCGCCAGUCACUGCCCGUCGCCGUCACUGCUCCCAAAGGGCCUCUUGCCAUCGUUUCUGCCACCAAGAAAGCAGUGGCUGUCCUCAAAGGCAACUCUAAAGUGGAAGGGAUUGUUACUUUGACUCAAGAAGAUGGUGGUCCAACAACUGUGAAAGUUCGUGUUACUGGGCUUACUCCUGGGUCUCAUGGGUUCCAUCUACAUGAGUUUGGUGACACAACAAAUGGAUGCAUAUCAACAGGAGCACAUUUCAAUCCUAACAAAAUGAAACAUGGUGCUCCUAAGGAUGAAAUCCGUCAUGCGGGUGACCUGGGAAACAUAGUAGCUAAUGCUGAUGGAAUCGCAGAGACAACAAUUGUGGAUAACCAGAUACCAUUGAGCGGUCCCACUGCAGUAAUCGGAAGAGCAUUUGUGGUUCAUGAGCUUGAGGAUGAUCUUGGAAAGGGUGGGCUUGAACUUAGUCUUACCACAGGCAAUGCAGGCGGAAGAUUGGCUUGUGGUGUUGUGGGUUUAACUCCAGUGUAGCUUGACCUCUUCUGAACUAUGAUUGCUUAAUUUAAAGUACUCUUAGUCACUUGCUUUAACGAGUUUCUCUUAGAGAAUGAGAUGUUGCUUAAGAGUGUAAUAUUAAGGACAAAGCAAGUGUCAGCAAAACAUGUUUGCAGACCCUGAUCUUUGUUAACGAUAAUUUCCUACUGAAUAAAAGCUUGUGGAUAUGCUGUGCUGUGCUUGUGAAUUCAAAUUGGAUAUAGAGACCUUGAUUCUUAUCAUA